AUGUACUUGGUCACUGUGUUUGGGAAUGUUCUUAUCAUGCUGGCCAUUGGCUCAGACUCCCACCUCCACACUCCAAUGUACUUCUUUCUCUCCAAUCUGUCCAUGGUAGAUCUCUAUCUAGUUACUACCUUGGUACCCAAGAUGCUGGUGAACAUGUUAACACACAAUAAUGCUAUCUCAUAUGCUGGAUGCUUUGCUCAGAUGUACUUCUUCCUUUUUUUUAUUUGUUUAGACAACUUACUCCUUACUGUCAUGGCCUAUGACCGCUUUGUGGCCAUCUGUCACCCUCUACACUAUGUCACUAUAAUGAGUCCACGGAUUUGUAGCCUACUGAUUCUGAUCUCAUGGAUCUGUGUGGUUUCAUUAUUCUAUGGGACAGGUCUUGGAGUUUAUCUGAGUUCUGCAACUACCCACUCCUCUAGGAAUAUCUCAAUUGCCUCAGUGAUGUAUUCUGUGGUAACCCCAAUGUUGAACCCCUUCAUUUAUAGCCUGAGAAAUAAGGAUAUAAAGGAUGCCCUGAAAAGGAUCAUUAGUGGAACAGCAUCCUCUUAG